GUAGACAGGUGGAAUGCCGGAUAUUCCUUGUGUUGACGAUCGAAAUUUUUGUCUUGUCUCACUUUGGGCAAACUUACCGUUAACGCUAUUUGCCACCUGUAUAUAGACCCCCGGAGCUCACUGGCGUGGCACCGACACCGGGACAGAGUCUGUAAAAGUCGGAAUUAUCGCGACGAGCUUCGGUUAUUUCAGGAAUCUUUACCGGGCCUGAGGCCGGGCUAAGGUUAGCCCUCUGCUACUGAGCGUUAGCUUGUGUUUGCUCGUCCACAGCUGACUGAACAGUCAGCAUAACAUUUGUUUUAAAACUGAUACAUUUAAAAUAAUCUAUAGCAACAAUGGCGGUCGUCAACGAGGGUGCCCUGAAGAAGAUGCUGAAGCAAUACAAGUACAGAGACCUGACAGUUCGUGAGAUAACUAACGUCAUCUCCCAGUACAAAGACCUGAAGCCGCUCAUGGAUGGCUACGUGUUCAAUGAUGGCUCAACAAGAGACCUGAUGAGUUUAACGGGAACAGUUCCAGUCAGCUACAGAGGCAAUGUCUACAAUAUACCUGUGUGUCUCUGGCUACUGGACACAUACCCCUACAAUCCUCCCAUAUGUUUCGUCAAACCUACAAGCGCCAUGAUGAUCAAAACUGGAAAGCACAUUGACGCCAAUGGGAAAAUCUACUUGCCCUAUCUUCAUGAGUGGAAGCAUCCUCAGUCGGACCUCUAUGGGCUCAUCCAGGUGAUGAUCGUGGUGUUUGGAGAGGAGCCCCCUGUGUUUUCUCGGCCCACAACGCAAGCACCAUACCAAGCCUUUCAGGCAGCGGGACCCCCAAACCCUUCUUACAUGCCAGGAAUGCCUGCAGUUUCGCCAUACGGCCCAAACACAAGCACUGGAGGUUAUCCAGGCUACCAGUACCCAGGGAGCAAUUCCUACCCAGGAAGUGCUGCUGGUCCUGCUCACUACCCCACACCGACCCCAGUCUCUACAGUUGGUCCCAGUAGAGAUGGGACCAUUGGCGAAGACACCAUCCGUGCCUCCCUGAUCUCUGCGGUCAGUGACAAGCUCCGCUGGAGGAUGAAGGAGGAAAUGGACCGGGCUCAGGCCGAGCUGGAUGCCCUAAAGCGGACCGAGGAGGACCUGAAGAAGGGUCAUCAGAAGCUAGAGGAGAUGGUCUCCAGAUUGGACCAGGAAGUGACGGAGGUGGACAGAAACAUCGAGCUGCUGAAGAGGAAGGAUGAGGAGCUGAGCGAAGCUCUGGAGAAGAUGGAGAACCAGUCUGAGAAUAAUGACAUCGAUGAUGUCAUCGUGCCUACAGCCCCACUGUACAAGCAGAUCUUGAACCUGUACGCUGAGGAGAACGCCAUAGAAGACACCAUCUUCUACCUUGGGGAGGCACUGCGUCGUGGCGUGAUUGACCUGGAGGUUUUUCUCAAGCACGUCCGCCUUCUGUCCCGUAAACAGUUCCAGCUCCGGGCCCUGAUGCAGAAAGCUCGCAAGACAGCCGGCCUGAGCGACCUCUAUUGACCCCUCCACCCCACUAAGAAACUCAUCUAAUCACUCUGUCUCCAUUUUCUUUUAAAUGUCUUGUAUAAUGAGUCGCCAUGAUUCUUCAUACUCUUUGGAAACAUUGACACGUUCUGCACUCGAACUUGUGGUCCAUCUAUUUAAGAAUAUCCUGUGGUUUAUUGGCUGGCAGAUUCACACGUGAUGUGGUAGAACUGGUUCUGAAGUCGGUGCUGAAAGGAAGCACGUCUGUUGGGGAUUGUAAUUCAGACAUUUGCAACAUCAGCAGCUGCAGAUUGGCGUCCAUGCUCACAUAAGUGAUUUAAAUUUUCCUGAAGGUUGGUGCCAGCUCCACUGCUGUUUUCUAAACUGGCUCUGUUUCCCCUCUGUGUGUGUGUGUGUGUGUGUUGACCACGGUGUGUGAGGCUCUCUCACUGGAUGUCAGUUGCUCAGGUCCCCAAAUAAGACGUGAAGGCUGCACUAACCAAUCAUGUACAGUAGGUGUUUGUCCCUCUUCAUCCUCUGUAAGUAUUCAGCUCAUUCUUACCUCCCAGACUGCUGUCUUCUGAUUCAAGAAACUCCAAUUUUGUAUGAAGCACGGGUGUUAAGGGAUACACAGAAUAUGAAUAACAAAAAGGUAACUUAUGUUUUCAUUGAAAUUAGCCUUCUACUAAAUGCACUUUGACUUGUAUGAUAGAGAAUCUACUGUCAUUGACUCGUCUCCUUCGACCGUAGGUCACCUGUUCUUUUGUAUCUGUAGGUUCAAUAAAAUCCAAUUUAUUUCC